CACCCGGCAAUGAGGUUUGUUUAUUCCCUAGUCACUGUUUUCCAUUUGCCUGUUCUCCGCACACUCAACAAGUUUGCUGCCUGAAAGCCUAAUUUUUUCCAUUUCCGGCGGCAUGUUCGGCGGAUUCGCCGACGAAGGAGUGCCGUUUCUACAACUUCUCAUCAGAGUUCAGACAAGAGUGUGGGAAGAACUCGCAGGCUGUAGUGUAUCGUCGGGGCCUCAAGUGACCUCGAGUGGCAUCGAGCAGUAAUGGAGAAGUCCAACGAUCACCUACUCAUGGUUCCCCCCUGCCACCGUUUCUUGAAAGGUGUGCAUUGUUUACCAAAACCAUCUGAGGCAUUGCAAGCUUGAUGCUCUUUGCGAUGUCGCUCGUCUCUGAGAAGAACAUCAGGGAAGCGGCCUUCUCGCCGUUUCCCACCGACCAACUUCUUCCUGGGACUGGCCGCUGGGUCCUCUUCGCUUCAGCUCCACAUCAUGACAGCGAAAUUUGCUAGUCGCUGAUAUCUCGAGUGCGCACAACUACACCAACGCCUUCAUACAGGUGAGCGGUCUCUACUGACUCCUCUUGAGGCUUGGGCAAGCCCCAGGGAGGACACCAGGUCCGAAAACCCGGUCCCUUUGUGUCACUGCUGUGCUGCACCUCGCGACGCAACUUCCCUGUACUGUGAUCAGCAUGAAGGUUCAUGUGCAAGAUACGAACAUGGACCCGAGCCAGUAUGACCCUCGGGACUGGACCCAAGUCCUGAGAACACAGGUGAACCCCCGGGAAACCAGAAAAGCGACCCAAGGUUCAAACGCCGAUCCUACCGGCCAGGAGACGCAGAGUCAGUCGCUGGAAAUGCGGGAGACCGCCACAACUCCAGCACUACACCGCUCCUCGACGCAGCUACGCACGCUCCGUACAGCUGCACAAAAGAUCAAGCAACUGCCGGCUUUUCCCCCAGACGAAUAUAAAGUCGUCUUCUGCUCUCAGGGAGGCCUUGACCUGACGAUGCUCCAGCCACGCUACUUCCUCACCGCUCUGAUGCAGGCCGCUGCACUGAGCGACCCAUCUACGCUGACACUUCUGAUUCACCUCAUCAAUAACACUUGCAUAGUGUCUGCGGCGAAUGAAGAUGACACUCUCAAGCUCGUACAACUCCAGCACAUCAUCUACAACCAACUUGAGUAUGCCAUGGCGGCAUAUAUUGCACCCCCUGAUGGCUCAGUCAGGGGAGUUAUCACGAAUGCCUACUGGAAAGAAUCGCCGCAAGAACUUCUAGCAGACUUGAUCGCCCGCAACCCCAACGCUACUAUACUAGAUGCUCGGCGGAUGGGACUCACACGCUCGAUACUCAUCACCUUCGGUCAAGCCAUCGUCCCCCGAAAAAUUGUUUAUGGCGGAGGACUGCAUCUGUGCACACCCUAUACACCAAGAGUCGAGACCUGCAGUUACUGCCAGACCAUAGGCCACCGCAUGGAUGUCUGUAUCCAAUCUAGGACACGCAAGUGCCCCAGAUGCGGAGAGUUACACCCGAAGGAGCCAACUCCAACAUGCACUCCAGCCCGCAUCAUUUGCCAAGGCCCGCACUUGUCCGGGACCCGGGAAUGCAAGCACCAUCACCUCCAGGACAACCAAGCCUACCUCCGAACGCGAAGCACGAUUCCGGCGAUGAGUAGAGCACCACUCGCUGCGCAGUGCAGGAUCCGAACGCCCGGAACCAUCCGCCGACCAGAAAACAGGGCGCUUCAAGAGCUCGGACCGACCAACAUAGGCUGACAAGCUGAAGACACCCAACGUGAACACAAAACUGGCAAGCAACAUCCCGCUUACCCCGGACCCCCGUGACCAGGAGCUUCAGGCUCUGCGUGUGGAGGUAAGCCGACUCACAACACUUUUAACACACAACCCCAUUCCCCCCUGCCCAACCCAACAUCCCUCCCCAGAGUGAAUCCUCCCACCCACUGUGGAAUCACCCACCGCACCUGCCAUCCCCGCCUCACGCCCCCAUAAAAAGAAACGCACAUCGGACUCGCAUGACGAUUAUCAGGCCAAAAACUUGGAAUUAAAAUUUGACGCUAAAUUGGUUGCUCUGGAGGCACGCCUCGAAACCAAAUUCACCACACUCGCUGAACUAUCUUUUCGUCUUGAGCAACAGAUGGACACACUUUUCACACAUGUAAGCCUAACUCUUGAACAUACUUUUGCACAAUUUGAGACGCGCCUUCAGAGGCUAGAGACAAAUACCAUCUCUUCGCAUGAGGGGUCCCCUACCUCCGUCCUACACCUACCUACUCCUCUUACCCACUUCCACUACCACCGCCAGAACCUAUCCUCGCCCUACCCACACUCCAAUAUGGCGGGCCGGGAUAAUUCUACCCCCCUAUCACUAAUCCAAUGGAACUGCCGUGGCUUUCGGGGCAAGCGCCCACCGCUGCAGCUCUUAAUACCCUCCCUGCCAUACCUAAGCCCCUUUUGUUACAGGACACAAAACACCAAGCCAAACUUCCCAGUUACCACGCAGUACACUCACACACCACUGACAACCCUUGGGUAUUCACAUUGAUACAUCGCACUAUUGCCUACCAAGAACACACAAUCACCUCCACCACCCCAUGUGUCCUCAUCGAAAUCAUCCCCAUGAAACGUAAUACACCUCCAAUCUUUAUUGCCAACAUAUACCACACCCCACGCCAAGCCAUGACCACUCUAGAUGCUCUACUCCAGAAAAUUCAUCGCAUCGCAGGCCGAAAUCUCCUUCUAAUAGGAGGCAACCUUAACUGUCAGCAUACUGACUGGGGUUAUCACUACACCACAGCAUGGGGUCGCAGGCUUUGGACCACCAUCCAAGACCUGCGCCUCACUACACAUAACUUUCACACACCAACUCGAAUCGGCAACAGUGUAACCAUGGAUACUAGUCCGGACGUUACAUUCAGCCAUUGCCUCAAAGGUAUCUCGUGGUCACGUACGCAACACACACUCUGAAGCGACCAUUACAUUAUCGCCAUCCAAAUACCUCAUACACAACACAGCCCUAGACUCCUCACCCACAAUCUUAUUAAAUGGGAUGCAAUCCGGUUCACAUGACGAGAACACCCAGACACCCCGAUACAAGACAUUGAUCAUUGGGUCGCAUCUCUCCUAAACGACAUAACCGCACACACACAACACAUUACCACGUCACCCGACAUCCCAACACUGAACACACGCCUAGCUCACCUCUAGGUGGCACACCACAGCAUCCUAGAGAGAUGGAAAAGCCAAAACAUAAUAGAAAGCUAAAACGAAGACUGGUCACGCUACAGACACAAAUCGCUGUACACGCCGAGGAGCUGUGCCGUUCCAACUGGGAUCAGGUGUGCAACAGUAUAUCUGGCAACCUCUCUACCAAGAACGUAUGGCAACUCCUACGGCAUCUUGUUGACCCCACACACUCGCGCACAGCAUCACAACAUCAUAUUACACGCCUCAUUCACAACUCCAUGCUCUCCUCCGACACCCUUCUGGACCCACUCCGGACAGAACACACGGAACCUGGCACCUCCCCCCCUCUAUCACCCUACACAUUAGCCCCAAAUGAGGCCCUUGACACCGAUAUUUCGGAGCAAGAGGUCCGCAUGGCCCUCCAAAACAUCCGCACAAGCUCUGCACUGGGAAAGGACAGAAUAACGAACUCUAUGCUCCGUAACCUGGAUGAUCAAUCUAUCACACAGAUUGCAGAAUAUUUUAAUCAAUGCUGGAGAGAGGGCACCCUGCCACAGUCCUGGCACCAUGCCAAAAUUAUCUUCAUCGCGAAACAGAACAAACACCGCACCAUAUCAAACCUCCGCCCCAUAUCACUCACAUCAUGUCUCGAGAAACUGCUCAAGCAUGUUGCUUUAAACAGACUCAAUCAGCAUAUGCACAACCUAUAUCUGCACAGCAUGGUGGGCUUCCGCCCAGGUCUCUCCGCCCAAAAUGCCAUGCUUCAAUUGAUGCACGACAUCUUUGACCCUCUCAUCCCCACUCAUACUAAAGCCAUCUUGGCCCUGGGCUUGUCCAAGGCCUUUGAUCGUGUAGAACACCAAGCGAUCGUGGCUGCUCUCUCCCCUCUCAAUGUAGGUGCCCGCAUGUACGCCUACAUACAAGCGUUCCUCUCGCGACACACGGCCGAGGUUCAUAUGGGCUCCCAUGCGGCCCCUUCAUAUACCCUCAGAGGAGUGGGUACUCCACAAGGUUCUGUCCUUUCCCCCUUUUCGCUUCAAUUCCACACUCAUUCCCUUAGCCCAUGCUCUUCACCAUAUCCCUCACCUUCACCACACCCUCUAUGCAGACGACAUCACUAUUUUAACUACCCACGGCAUUGAUGGUGACAUAGAGGAAACUUUACAAACCGCCGCAAACAUCACACAACACACACAAAGCACCGGUCUCUCCUGUUCCCUGGAAAAGUCUCAGAUACUUCUCAUGCGUCCCUCACCACAUACUCCUCCCACGGCCCCCAUCACCAUUACUCUGGCCGGACACCCUAUCCCGGAGGUCGACACACUCCGGAUCCUGAGCCUUCACAUCCAGAGCAACGGCCGGAACACAAGCAGGUGACGGAACUCUCCGGAAACUCAAGCAGGUGACGGAAGCGCUGUCGCACCUCAUCUGCAGAGUUACCAGCAAACACUAUGGCAUGAAGGAGCGCGAUUUGUGUCGUCUCAUGCGUUCCUUCAUACUCAGCCGUUUCCUCUACACAAUCCCAUAUCUUCGACUUCGACAAGAAGAAAUCGCCACCCUAGUUGCUAUGCUUCGUAAAGCCUACAAGGUGGCCUUACACCUCCCCCCUAACAUGCAAACCACUAAACUUCUCCAGCUUGGGCUCCACAACACCACACAUGAACUCAUUGAGGCCCACAGACAAGCACAAUACACUCGCUUAGCUCAAUCUAUCACAGGAUGUUACAUACUAGACGCUCUCCGAAUUCGCAUACCAGCAGACGACCCCACACUCCUACCAGUUCCCCGCCCCAUACACACUCAGCUUAUAGUAAAACCCCUCCCUCGGAACACCCACGCCACCUAUCAUUCGGCCCACCGCAAAGCCAGUGCAAAAGCUCUACACAAAUACUAUGGCUUCGAAGCUGAUGCCGUGUGGGUGGACGCGGCCUGCACGGGUGGAGGCGCGGCAGCUGUAGUCGUUGACAAUACACUCCAACCCAUCGCAACUCUCCACCUUUCUGGUGGAUCCAUCCCGGAAUCCUCGGAAGAAACGGCGAUCGCGCUUGCCCUCACGCACACUGAUGCCCGGUACGUCCUUACCGAGUCAAAAACCGCACCCCUAAAUUUUGCACGAGGACGAGUCCACGAGACCGCCUUCUGCAUUCUCAGCUUGCUCUCCGCAAACCCGCCCCGCCAUGUGGAACUGAUCUUUUUUUUUUUUUAAUUCAGCAUUGAUUUAGACACAGUGAAGGUCUUGCAUGGCAAGGCUAAAGGCAGUACAUUGUCUGCCUGACUAACGCCCUGUCAACCAUACAAUGCUCAAGAGUGAGGUAGCAUAUCAUAACAUAUAGAUAGCAUACACAUAUAUCAAUAGCGUGGAUUAGACAUACAUAGCAUACAUUACGAACAUACGUGCAUUAAAUACAACAAUCACUGUACAACUUUCUAAGUAGAAAUAGUUUAGGAUCAACAGAGUAAUAUGAACACGAAAAAAGCUUUAUAUACAUACAAGCACAAUAUUAAACGCACUUAAAAUAAUUGCACAUAAAACACACAAGAAACCAAUUAGCACAAUGUCAAUCAGAAAGGGAAAGCAAAUAUUUUUUCAUGGCACUUUUAAAGCAGCUUAAUGAUCUGAAGUUUUGCACGAUAGUGAUCGUGUUAGGACGUGCAUUUAUGAAGGAUGGGACUAAGUAUGCUAGUUGUUUCCUACCGUAGCUGGUCUUGCAAAAUGGAACUCUAAUAUGGUCAUGCCUGAAAUUGUAUUGGGUGUAACUUGAGAGGUGGUUUUGAUAAAAAAUGAGUGAAUUUUUCUUGAAUUCGCCUCGUAUGUAUAUAGCGAGCUUAACUUCGUACAGUUGAUUAAUUUUUAAAAGUGCUUGUUUUAUGAAAAAAGGUGCCGUGUGAUCGCGGGGUACAAGGUUCUCAACACAGCGAACUGCUUGUUUUUGGAGACAUAUCAAUUGAUCCAAGUUUGAUUGGAAUGUAGUCCCCGAUACCAACAGGCAAUAACUAAAACGGGACUGAAUUAAAGCAUAAUACAGACGGCGUUUCAACCAAGUAGGAACAAGGCAUCUAAUCUUAAACAAUAUGCCUAUUGACCUACAAAUGCUAGAAUGAAUCUUCGUUACAUGAGGUGUAAAACUCAGGUUCUCAUCAAAAAGCCCACCUAAAAAUUUAAAAGCUGAAGUCUGCUCGAUUACACAACUAUUGAACUUUACACAAAAAGCACAGUCAUCAGGCCUAUUUCUAGGCUUAAAAACCACAUAUUUCGUUUUAUUGACGUUUAACUGCAGGUGGUUCGCUGAUAACCAAACUAAAAGUUGAUCUAACCAAUUAUUAGCUGUAAUUUCUAGCACUUGUAGACUGUCACCUGAGAAAAACAAACUUGUGUCGUCAGCAUACAAGACUAUAUCUGGAGUAAGCGGUAUGUUUACAAUAUCGUUUACAUAUCGAAUAAAGAACAGUGGACCCAAAAUUGACCCUUGGGUGCCUGCGCACUCUGGGAAUCCUGGCAACAAAGCUGCCAAUGAGUCUAGUUCUUCCCGGGAGCGCAUGCACUCGUUCAGCGAGCUGAUCCCAGGCAUAUUGCGCCGAACGCCAGCUAUACCCCCCACCCCACCAAUCUCUUGGCAAUUGUCACCAAAUACUAUGGCGCGACCUCCAGACCCGCACCCUUCCCUCCCCCUAUUUCCUCUCCCGCAUCCGCCCGGGAGCAUACACCCCCUCGUGUGCUCAAUGCACUCACCCCCAUGCUAUGCUUACCCACAUUCUCCUUGAAUGCCCGGCGGACCCUCCCCCGCGGGGCAUGGAGCUCCUGACUACCUGGGAGGAAUGGGAGACCCUUCUGUGCUCGAUGGACCUGGCCAGGCAGAAGAUCGCCACUGACUGGGCCGCCCACGUCAUGGAACUCAAUGAACUCACAGACGUGUAGUGCAGUGGGGUCGUGCGGGGACCGUGGGACCUACAUGCCCGAACCCCUUGGUCAAAUAAAGUUGUUUCUCUCUCUC